GCGAGUCAGCCAACGACAUUUUCGAUAUUCUCCCCGACACUGGCACAACUUAUCAAGAAGCGAUUGAUUGUUUCACACAACACUUCGUGCCACAAGGAAAUACAGACAUGGCUAUAUUCGAUUUUCGAAUCCAACGAAACGCUCAACGAAUACUACCGUCGACUGAAGACAAAAGCAGUACAAUGUAAUUUUCACAGCGAGGAAGCCGAGAUUAAAACCCAAAUUAUUCACAAAACCCGCGAUUCCCGGUUAAGAAAGAAAGCGCUUCGUGAGACGAUGACUCUCAAACAAAUUCUCAACUACGGGAAUACCUUAGAACGUACAGAUGAACAGUCUAAACGCCUCG